GGUCCGCCGCUCCGGCGCUCCCGUUCCGUCGAGAUCUAUCUCCUGGUCCUGUAAUCCCACAUUCCCACUCCCACCGGUCCGCCGCUCUAUCACCAUGCCGCCUCCCGCCACCACGUACACCAAGUACGAGACGCGCCGCCGAGACCCGGACCCGCGCGCGGCCGCGCUCCUCGUUAUCGACGUGCAGGGCCACUUCGCGUCGCUGGCGGCCCCGAUCAUGCCGGCCAUCGCGUCCACCGUCGCGCUAUGCCGCGCCGCGGGCAUGCCCGUGGUGUACACCCGCCACGUGGACUCCGUCCCGCGACGGCCCCCGCUCGGCGAGUGGUGGCCCGGCGACCGCAUCGACGCCGGCACGCCCGCGGCCGAGCUGCUCCCGGGUGCCGGCCGCGUCGAGGGGGCCGACCUCGUGGUGGAGAAGAGCACGUACAGCGCCUUCGCGGGCACGGGGCUGGAGGAGGCGCUGCGGCGGGUGGGCGCCGAGGAGGUGAUCGUGGCGGGCGUCAUGACCAACCUGUGCUGCGAGACCACCGCGCGGGACGCCUUCGUGAGGGGGUUCCGCGUGUUCUUCUCCGCCGACGCCACGGCCACGGCCACCCAGGAGCUGCAGGAAGCCACGCUCGCCAACAUGGCGUACGGGUUCGCCUACAUCGUCGACUGCAAGCGGCUCGAGGCGGCGCUGGGGAAGGCGGCCAAGUGAGGUGCGUGCGUGCGACGUUGAGAUCCUGAUGUUCUCUGCACCUUGUAUUGUACUCCUACCUGUACGGUUGUACCAAUGCCUGUUGAACUGUGCUGCUGAGUUCGCUUAAAUACAUGCAUAUGUGAAAAAAUAAUAGUCAGAACCGAUUAUGCUAUGUGUCUACUGCCUGCUUGUUCAAAUCUCAUUUUGCAAUGGAACUUUUAUUCAGAUC